AUGGAUAGCAUUGUUGAAGAGGUGGGAGAAGAAAAUGUCAUUCAAGUUGUCACCGAUAAUGCUGCAAACUAUAAAGCUGCUGGCCAUUUGUUGAUGACAAAGAGAAAAAGGCUAUUUUGGACACCGUGUGCUGCACAUUGUGUCGACUUAAUGUUAGAAGAUUAUGAAAAGAAGAUCCCCAUUCAUGAGGAGACAAUUCCAAAAGGAAGGGAUUUGGUGAGGCCGGGUGUUACCCGUUUCGCUACAUCGUAUCUAACGUUAGGAUGCCUACAUGAGAAUAAAGGAGCUUUGAUUAGAAUGUUUACUAGCAAUGAGUGGAAGUCUAGCAAGUUUGCUAAAACCAAUGAUGGUAAAAUAGUUGAAGAUGUUGUUUUAGAUAAGGAGUUUUGGAAGAAUAUAAUAACUUGUUUGAAGGGUGCAUUUCCUUUAAUUGAAGUGCUUCGAUUGGUUGAUUCGGAUCAAAAGCCAGCCAUGGGAUUCAUUUAUGAAGCAAUGGAUCAAGCAAAGGAGAAGAUUCAAAAGGCUUUCAAUGCUGUCAAAAAAAGGUGGGACAAGCAGCUCCAUAGGCCUUUGCAUGCUGCAGGCUAUUUUCUUAACCCUCAAAUGCAUUAUCGUCCCGGAUUUAAAGCAGAUUUGGAAGUGAAACGAGGUUUGAUGGAAUGUAUAACUAGGAUGGUCGAAGAUGAGGAUGAACAAACUCUCAUUAUGUCAAUUAAUUUAAAGACUCCAGCAGAUUGGUGGGAGUCUUAUGGUGAUGAAUAUCCUGAACUCCAAAAAAUUGCGAUUCAUGUAUUAAGCUUGACAUGUAGCUCCUCCGGAUGUGAGCGUAAUUGGAGUUCCUUUGAGAUGGUCCAUACAAAGAGAAGAAAUAGGCUAAAGCAAAGCACAAUGAAUGAUGUUUUUGUUAUGGCCAAUUCAAAAUUAGCCAAGAAGAAACAAACAAGAAAACCAGCUCGAAUUAACAUUGAUGAUUGUUCAUCCGAUGAAGAGUGGAUUAUGGAAGAUGAGCAUGAGCAAAAUGAAGCAUUGGAUUUGGAUGAGAACUUGAUUCCAGUUGAAGUUCAAGACGAUGAAACUUUACAUAGUCAAGACUUAGAUAUGACUGAUUUGAAUGACGAACGAGAUAGGAAUGAUGGAGCUGGAGAUUGUGAAUUUAACUUAGAAGACUAUUUGGUUUAG